ACCCCGCAGGAGACUUGCUUGAGAAGAGAGCCCUGUGUGUGCGCUGUGCAUCUAUGGGGGGAACCAAGACAGGGCACACCCCUUAGAGGAGGUGCCUUCCUGGGGCCUCCCCUCCCCUCUCCUCCUCCUUGCUCUUCUUACUCCCUCUCCAGAUGAUCAGGGUCUAGGACAUUCCCGUCCAGCCUCUGAACCUCCAGCCCUGCCGGGGCUCCCCCUGAGCCUGACCAGGGGACCUAGCCCCAGAGCCCAGGAGUGCUUGCUCACGUUCCUGUCCAUCUCCAGCCCAGGGCAGGCAGCUGUUCAGUCUCCUUUGGGACGACCUCUUGGGAAGAUCCUGAGAACCUCUGGGAAGAGAUAAGACAGGGUACCCUCCUCCGCCCCAAGAUGCCUGAGCCAGACACAGGGCAGGCCUUCCGGCUGGAGACUACGGAAGGUGACCAGGAAGGGGGGACAGCAGCCACUGCUGGCGCUACGGGGAGAGAGAGGAUCUAGAGACCAGCUGCCCCCAAUGGAGUCGGCCUUCCAGAAAGAGAGCAAGAGCUUCUCCCCUCAGAUAAAAGUUAAUCUGAAUUACCGGAAAGGAGUAGGUCCCAGCCCAUCGGAUCCAAACCGUUUUGACCGUGACCGACUCUUCAAUGCAGUGGUGGGGGGAAACCCGGACAGCCUGGGUGGUUUGAAAGAGUAUCUGAUGUUGACCAGCAAAUAUCUCACGGACUCUGAAUUCACAGAUGCCUCCACUGGGAAAACCUGCCUGAUGAAGGCUGUGCUGAAUCUUCGGGAUGGGAUGAAUGGGUGCAUCUUACCGCUGCUACAGAUCGACCAGGACACUCGGAACCCCCAGCCCCUCAUCAAGGCCGUGUGCACUGGGGACUACUACAAAGGUCAUAGCGCUCUGCACAUCGCCAUUGAGAAGAGAAGCCUCCAGUGCGUGAAGGUGCUGGUGGAGAACGGAGCCGACCUCCAUGCCAGGGCCAGUGGGAGAUUUUUUGGGAAAGAGAGUCAAGGAAUUUGCUUUUAUUUCGGGGAGCUGCCGCUGUCGUUGGCCGCCUGCACUAGGCAAUGGGAUAUUGUAUCGUACCUCCUGGAGAAUCCUGACCCUGACCGCAGGGCCUGCCUCGAGGCUGUGGACACCUAUGGCAACACUGUCCUACACGCCCUGGUGAUGAUUGCCGACGACUCAGUGGAGAACAGCACCCAGGUGAACAGCAUGUAUGACUACAUCCUCCAAGUUGGUGCCCGCCAAUGCCCCUCCGUGAAGUUGGAGAAUGUUGCUAAUCUCCAGGGGCUGACGCCACUCAAGCUGGCAGCAAAGGAGGGGAAGAUUGAGGUCUUCAAGCACAUCCUGCAGCGGGAGAUCUCUGGGCAGUACCGGCACCUCUCCCGUAAGUUCACCGAGUGGACGUACGGGCCUGUCCAGGUGUCGCUCUAUGACCUGUCCUCCGUGGACAGCUGUGAGGACAACUCAGUGCUGGAGAUCAUUGCCUUUGGCUGCAAGGCCCCGAAUCGACACAAGAUGGUGACGUUGGAGCCGCUGAACAAGCUACUGCAGGAGAAAUGGGGGUCGCUGGUCACCCGAUUUCGCUUCAAUUUGAUUUCCUAUUUCCUGUAUAUGUUGAUCUUCACGGCUGUCACCUACCACCAGCCUGUCCUGGGGAAGAACUUCAUUCCUCUGAAAGCAACAGUGGGUAACUCAAUGCUGCUGAUGGGACACAUCUUCAUUCUUUUUGGGGGAGUCUAUCUCUUCUUUGGCCAGCUUCAAUACUUCUGGAGGAGACGCCUGUUCAUCUGGACCUCGUUUGUCGAUAGCUACUUUGAGAUCCUCAUCCUAAUCCAGGCACUCACUUCAGUGGUGGCCCAGGUGCUGUGCUUCCUAGAACUCAACUUGUACCUGCCCAUCCUGGUUUUCUCUUUGGUCCUGGGCUGGAUAAACCUUCUCUACUACACUCGUGGAUUCCAGCUGACAGGCAUCUACAGCGUCAUGAUACAGAAGGUCAUCCUCCGAGAUCUGCUGCGUUUCCUCUUGGUGUACUUCGUCUUCCUGUUCGGCUUUGCCAUAGCGCUGGUGAGCCUGAGCAGGGACGUGCCCCCGCCCACCUUCUCCAACCAGUCGCUGGCGGAGGCGGACAAGGUCCCCUACGGAGGCUUCGUGGAGGCCUCCCUGGAGCUCUUCAAGUUCACCAUCGGCAUGGGCGAGCUGGAGUUCCACAAGCAGCUGCAGUUCGAGGGCUUCAUCAUGUUCCUGCUGCUGGCCUACGUGCUGCUCACCUACAUCCUCCUGCUGAACAUGCUCAUAGCCCUCAUGAGUGAGACGGUCAACAGCGUGGCCACGGACAGCUGGAGCAUCUGGAAGCUGCAGAGAGCCAUCUCAGUCCUAGAGAUGGAGAGGGGGUACUGGUGGUGCAAGAGAAAGAAGGAACGAUCAGGCAUUCUCCUCACAGUGGGCACUACUCCGGACCAGAAGCCAGAUGAGAGAUGGUGCUUCAGAGUUCUGUCUUCAAUUGCCUUCACCUGGGAGAAGGAAAUGGUCCGGAGAGCCCGAGGAAGCCCAGCAGAAUCAGAAACGGAGCAAGGCGGCUCAAGGCAUCAAGACAGACCUCUCCAACUUCACAGUCGUACCUGUCAUACGUCUGUCUGCCACAAGAUGGCAGAAAGUCACGGGCCCACUCUGUUUCCACCAUGAUUCCAGAUGUGCAGAUUUAGGACAGAGGACGAUGGGUCUAUAGCCUCCGUCAUUCUGGACACUUCUAUUAAUACAUCCCAAGCUCACAUUAGUGUUGCCAUGUAACACUGUCCAUCCAUUCUGGGUUCCCAGCCUACUACGACUCCCAUGUCUUUGAUAGAUCCAGGACUUUUUGGAAAGGACCUCAAAACAUCAUCACCAUCAUCAUCAUCAUGGCGACAGCUGACAUUUAUUUAGGUUUGCAAAGCACUUUACAAACAGUGUCUCAUUUAAUCCUCACAACAACCCGAGGAGGUGGGCCCCAUUAUCAAUCCCAUUUCACAGAUGAGGAAACUGCGGCAAACAGACAUGGAGUGACUUGCUCAGGGUCCCACAGAUAGUAAAGGCCUGAAGGCAUGUUUGAACUCAGAUCUUCCUGACUCUAAGUCCAACACUCAAUCCUCUGUAGCACCUUAGGGCCUCUAAGCCACCUCAGAGGCCAUUUAGUCUAACCUCCUCCUUUAGCAGAGAAGGAAACUGAGUCCUGAGAGUUAGUGACUUACCUAAGGUCACAAGGGCAGUCUCCACAAUGAGAUUUACAUUCAGGUCCUGUUAUUCCAAAGUCAGUGUGUGGCCUAACCAAGUCGCCCCUUAUUCUGUAGUUGAAAACAGCUGUAGGACUUUAGUCGGGUAGGGGCAUGGGGAACAGGGCCAAGCCAAGCUGCGUGUCACCCUGGGUCCUUCAGUUUAGGCACUCCCCAGGGAAGGAUAAGCUGGGAGGUGAGGGAGGGGUCCCCAAAGGGGGAAGGAGGCAAACUGGGGCUCUCCGAGAGGCCGGGGCCACUCCCGGAUUUUGUGAACCCUUUGGCCAUACAUUUUUUAAAAAUGAAGAUACAUAAACACAAAACGAGAAACUGAAAAAAGGAAAUAAAAUUCACAUACAAAUAUAAUUAUUUAACAAACUACAUCCUAGCCUUUUUCGCAGUCCCCAGUUGGUCCUGGGGGCUAUGGCCCUCACCAAUGUAGCCAAUGUUCCAACGAUGAAUCAACCAACAGACAUUUAUUAAGUGCCUACUAUGCACAAACCAAGAGGCUGGUAAGUCAAUCUGCAAGCAUUUACUAUGUGCCGAUGGAAACAAAGAAAGACAAAAACGGUUCCUGUUCUCCAGAAGCUUGUAAGAUGAGAUUUCUCUCCACCCCAGGAGAGGUGUGAGAGUCCCAGCCGAUGGUCCCUGCCUAUACAGGGCCUCUCACACCCGGCGUGUAUCUGUGUGUGGAUGGGGGAGGGAAAUCAAGUCUGUGCCCCGAUCCAACACUUCUGCUUGCCUCAGCCUGGGCACGUGACUGGCAAUGUUGGCGUUAUACCCCUGUGGGAGUGAAUUUAUCUGUCUGCGGGGGAUGGCUCAGUGCGGUAUAAUGGAAAGAGUUAGACUCAGAGGACCUGGGUUCUAAUUCUGACUCUGACAUCUACCAUUUGUGACCUUGUGAAAAUCAUUUAACCAAUACGGGCCUCAGUUUGUCCUUUAAAUGAAGGGCUUGGACUCAGCAACCUCUAAGGUGACUCUUCAGCCUUAAACCUAUGAUCCUGUGUUAAUUU